AUGUCGUUGCCGAUCACGAUUGACUUAUCGAGCUGUGGUACCAAAAAAGGUUGCUUAGCAAUACCAUAUGGAUGCCAAAAUAAUUCACAGCUGCAAUGUUCUUCUAUUUUUACUUAUCAGGUAGAUGGUGAUUAUUUGUUAAUGGAACUACUUGGCCUCGUUGAUGAUAUUGAACGUUCAUAUGUGGCUAUUGGAUUCUCGUUGGACCAAUAUAUGGGCAACGAUAGUGUAACAGAAUGCUCGGUUGCGCCUGGUUCUCCACUACAAGGUCGCUUAUCGUAUAAUAAAGGAACGAUGAAUUAUCGCGUCAAUAUAUCGGAUGUCAUUAGUUUAUUCUUGGCUUAA